AUGUCUGGCUCAAGUCUAUUAUCCUUCGCCCUCGACGUCACGCCUAGGCUCCGCGACAGCGUCCGGGAUCUGACCAAAGAAGACGGCAUCAAGGGGUUUUGCAGCGCUCUGGGUGCAGAGCUGGAGCAAGUCGAGAGGUGGUUGGGGGAAGUUAAUAAAACGAGCGAGCCAUCUGUCAACCGACGUUUGCUCAAGCUCUUGGACCAACUGGAAAAGUCACUACAAGUGCCACGAUUCCAUCCUCCGCACAAAUCUCGAGCUCCCGAUGCAUUCAACCGAUGCUGGUAUCCGAAUCUCCACCGACUCUUCACAAACAAGCAGUGGGGCAAGAAGAAUAUCAAGGAUUUUGCAUCGAGUCCUAUUGCCAAACAAGAUCGCAUCAAGUUGCAUCGAUUCCUGAAGACUUUUGAUGGCCCUCAAACGCUGUCCCAGGGUCCGGAGCUGUCAGAACUGUUGCGGCCGAUCGAACAGCAAGAAAUCCAAGAUGAUUUCCAGGCAUACGUCAAGGAGUUGCACAGCGUUCUCUCUGCGAAUUGCUUGUGUCAAAGCCAGGACUAUCGAGGCCAGAUAAAAGCGAACCUUCGACUAAACGGGUACAUGAAGGAUCAAGACGAUUCUGAUGCAGUCUCCUUCAGCUUAUUCUUCUUGGACCAUCCUCAUCAGGAUACCGAAAGUCAGUGCCAGUGGCAAGACACACAGAUUCAUGUCUUCCGAACCAGAGGAGUUAAAUUCCAGAAUACCCAAGAUGUCGUCUCUUCAUGCCAAACUGGCAAGACGAUAUCAAUGAGUAAGUUCUGCGAAAUUAUAUCAAACCGCCAACAGUCACAACUACAACUAGUGGCAUCCAACGGUCAUCUGAUUUGGAGGGGUUCGGGCCCCUUAUUGCGACGCUUCUUCCUCCGCUUGUCCAGCGUGCCCCUUUCCAGGAUUCUGGACAACACAAGGCUGUCCAAGAAGAUGCGGCUUCUUUUGUCAUACCAACUUGCUAAAGCGGUCUGGCAAUUCUACGACUCGGAGUGGAUGAGGUCGGAAUGGAAUAAACACACGGUGCACUUCAUGUUCGAGAAACGUGGCAAGACGCCGAAAGGGAUUUUUGUCAAUGAGCCCUUUCUCUCAACCCACUUCAGUCCCUCUUUGAUCCAUAACGAAGACGACAAUGCCUUCAGAUCCCACCCGUUCCCCAAAAUCCUCGCUCUUGGCGUUAUGUUCAUUGAGAUAGAGCUCGGGGUCAAGAUUGAAGAUCACUACGUCCCUGACUGCUUCGACAGCAAUGGUCAGCUUACAAUCAAUGCUGACCACAUUGCUGCGACCGAGCUCUUCGAGAAGGAGGAUGUCUGGGAAGAGAAAGAGACUUUUGGGACUUUCAAGGAAGUGAUCGGGGUUUGCUUGAAACCGGACCCUUUUAAGCCACAUGGGGAUGACCCGCGGGUUCGGGACACGCUCUUAAAGCACGUGGUCAGCCCGCUCAGGGCAUUCUACAAGAACGCUUGGGAAUCGCCGGAUAUGUCAGAGGUUCGCGCCAUCGAGUUGGAUCAGGCCGGCCCGGUUCCAUCAGCUAUUGACCCCCCCCACACGUCACAGUUGCCGGCUACCCUCCCCUAUCAUCCGGCACAAGAUCAUGCCCUAACUCUGUCGUAUAGAACUGGCGCCUCGUCAGAUCGAUGGUUUGAGCAGCUGCAGAAAUUGAACAGCGUCAUCCGUCUCAAGCCAAAAGACAGGGAUCACGUCUACGAGCCCGUGAGGAUUGCCAUUCUUGAUACCGGAAUAUCCCAAGCAUAUUCCCGCUCCGUUGCUGAAUACAAGGAUUUCGUAAAUGAGGGAAACACGGCUUUCCAAGACGGGACUGGCCAUGGAACCAACGCCUUCUUGCUCCUCCAAAAGGUGUACAGCGAUGCCAAGAUUUAUGUCGGCCGUGUAUGGCAAACCAACCGGGCGAAUCAACACACGGCCAGCCUGAUGACGAAGGCGAUUCGUCACGCCACCCAGGAAUGGAAGGUCGACAUCAUCGCCAUGCCCUCGGGCUUCCAGGCAGAAGACGAAGCCAUGCUCCGUGCGAUAGAAGAGGCCAACAUGGCGCACACGCUCAUCUUCGCGGCGGCAUCCAAUAACGGGAACCUGACGAAGAUCGCCUUCCCCGCCCGCCUCUACGGGGCAGAGAAGGUCUUCUGCAUGUUCUCCACCAACGCCGACGCCCGGAGCUCGCCGCAGUUCAACCCGUCCCCGAUCGCGAACGCGCGACACAGCUUCGCCGUGCUCGGCGAGGGCAUCACGCUCGGCGCCGUCGGCCCGCUCUCGGGCACGUCGUACUCGUCCGUCGUCGGGGCAGCGCUGGCCGGGCGGAUCCUCGACUUCUCGCGGCAGCCCGACGUCCGGGCUCGGAUGCGCGGGGCGGGCCAUCUGAAGAGGGUGGAGGGCAUGGCUGCCGUGUUUGCGGGCAUGUCGACGAGCGAUAAUGGCUAUCUGUCUGUCGUGCCCUGGAGGAUCAUGCCGGGCGCGGUUGAUGAUGAGGAUAUGGCAGCGGGGAGGGGGCUACUACGCGAGCGUGUUUGUGACGCGAUCACUGCAGCGCUGGAAAAGAUGUAUGGUACUUGA